GGCGCGUGUGAAUAGCGGAAGUGUGCAGCAGAGGCAGGCAGCGGUAGCAUGGUGUACACGGCGAAAGUAGGACCGUCUAUUCUGAGCAGCGAUCUGUCGCAGCUCGGGAGGGAAUGUGAGCGAAUGAUGGAGUGCGGUGCUGAUUAUCUGCACCUUGACGUUAUGGAUGGGCAUUUUGUUCCGAACAUCACAUUUGGACAUCCUAUGGUGGAAUGUUUACGACGCUGUAUCGGACCUGAUCCUUUUUUUGAUAUGCAUAUGAUGGUGUCCAGGCCAGAGCAAUGGGUGAAGCCCAUGGCAGCAGCGGGAGCCAAUCAGUACACUUUCCAUCUAGAAGCCACGACCAACCCUGGCAACCUCAUCAAGGAAAUCAGGGAGAGCGGCAUGAAGGUUGGUCUUGCCAUUAAACCUGGAACAACUGUUGAGGAACUAGCACCGUGGGCUGGGCAGAUCGAUAUGGCUCUUGUCAUGACUGUAGAGCCUGGCUUUGGUGGUCAGAAGUUCAUGGAAGAUAUGAUGCCAAAGGUGAGCUGGCUCAGGAGUCAGUUCCCUUCUCUGGACAUUGAAGUGGAUGGAGGAGUUGGCCCAGACAGCAUCCACAGAUGUGCUGAGGCUGGAGCCAACAUGAUCGUGUCGGGCAGUGCUGUAGUGAGCAGUGAUGACCCUCGUUCUGUAAUCGCCCUCCUCAAAAACGCUGUUAUUGAGGCGAUCCAGAAACGUUCUUUGGACCGCUGAGCAUUUUGAGUUUUUACCUCAGCUCUGUUUUUGACCACCACUGAAAGUCAUUCCUGCAGAUUCUGAGAGUCUGUUUCAAUGUAUAAAUUCGUUAUUGAAUGCUCAGUGGUGCUUGUGAAAGGACAUGACCCAUUGCUGGAUGUGUUGAGGGUGCAUUUGGGCAUAACAGAACACGAGAACUGUCUUUGCCAAGACUCUUGUAUGGAUUCAUCUGGAGUUUUCAAAUUCAUAUGGUCUUUCGAGAAUUUCAAGUUGAUAGAACAGACAGAUUCUAUCUACAGUGACGUCAUUCUGACAAUUCUGAUAAUUCUGUUUUUUUUCCAACAUUCCGCCAGCCUGUCUUUCUAGAACACUGAAAUGAUAAAAGUUUAAAUCAAGA